AUGCAUCGUUCUCGUCAUCCAAUUGACAUUUCACUCGUUGUUGAUGAUGACAACAAUGAAGAUGAUGGUUCUCCUCAUCAUUUUAUUCCAUCAGCAACAAACGACUAUUCCUCACUAAUUGUUGAAUCACCAUCGGACACAAUGUACCAUCGAACUCGUUCGCCCUCACCAUCGCCGACCUUCUCUAAUCAUGGACAAGGGCCACAACCAACAACCUCAUCUUCUUCAUCACCAGCAACAAGCACUUCACUUCGUCAGACUCAUCGUCGUUUAUCACACAGUAGUUCACUUCUUGACUCAACUGGUACUAAUAAUAGCGUUCACCGCGAUCGUUUGCGUUUCAAUACAUGGCCACGUCAUCGAAAAGAAAAACGUGAUAUACUUGCUGAAUAUGAUAAACGUUUAGCGAAAUCAGUCGUACAAGAAUUGGGUAUAGGUAUCAAUAAGACCUAUCGUAAUCCAUGGGGUAAUUUGUCUUAUGCCCAACUGAUCACGCGUGCCAUUGAUAGUAGUCCAUGGAAACGGUUAACAUUAAAUGAAGUUUACGAAUGGAUUAUCAAAUUUGUACCUUAUUUUAAGGAUAAAAUUGAUGCAAAAACAAGCUGGGGUUGGAAGAAUUCUAUUCGUCAUAACCUCUCGUUACACAAUCAGUUUAUUCGGGUGCCAAUUAUUUCUUCAAUAUCGAAAGGUCCUGUCAAAUACGUUUGGACAAUAAAUCCGUCAUUUAAGAACAAUUCGCCAUAUAAAAAGUAUAGUCUCAAACGAAAACGAGCGGCCGCCGCCGCUGCACUGGCGUCUCAAGCUGCAGCAGCCGUUGCAGCUGUUUCAAAUACCAAUUCAACAUCAUCAACGUCGACAUUGUCGUUAUCCCACGAACGAAAUUCUCCGACAUCGACAUCGUCGCAGCCGCUCAUUAAUAUGUCAAAUAAUUAUCAUCGACAGUCAUCAACAACAUCAGCAACAUCGUUACCAAAAGCCGCUCGUCUCAAUGAACAUACCUCAGGAAAUAAUUCGUCUACACUUAAUCAACUAUCAGUUGCUGCUGCAAUGAUGUCAGCUGGUGUCACAGAUCCAGCAGCCUAUCGUGCAUUUCUAAAUUCGCAGGCAGCAGCUAUGUUAAAUAAGCACAAACAACAAACACUAUGUUCGCCAACAACACCAGCGACACAAUCAUCAUCGAUUUCACAUCGGCCAACACAAUCUUCAACUUCAUUUGCUCACGAUACAGGACUUCCAAUUCCGAAGAAAAUUGCAUUAGGAGCAGACAGAUACAAACAACAUCAUCAACAACAACAACAGCAGCAGCAACAGCAACAUGCCGAAUGGCUGCUAUCAUCGUAUCGGCAACAGCAACAACAGUCACAAUAUAAUGGUCGCCACCCGCAUUCAUCUGUUGCUAAUAAAAUGAUGAUUAAUCAGCAGCAGCAACAACAACAACAACAACAACGUCCACCUUAUAUCCCACAUCCACCAUCUUCAUCUUCGACACGUAUGAAUACUGAUAUGAAUAGUUUACCACCGUCAUUACAACGUCGUGUUGACUCACCACCAGCAUAUUCGUCAGCAGCUGCUGUCGCUGCACAAAAUAAAUUAUUAGCUCAGACCAAACUUUGGCAUGCUGCUGUGCAAGCUGCUGCUCAUGCUCAACAGCAAUAUCAUCACCAUCACCAUCAUCAGCAACAACCACCGCCGCCGCCGCCAGGAAUCAAUGCUAUGAAUGAACUUCAAAACUAUAUGAAUCGUUCGAAUUCAUCUUCAAAUGGAAAUCCUAAUAAGAUACCAACAUAUUUGAAUCCUGAAACUUUAAAACUUUUAUCGUCGACGUCUUCUUCGCCGUCAUCGUCGUCAACGACACCAACCACAAUCGCAACAGGAAGUAGCUCCCACGAUGAACCACACAGUUAUAGAAAUGAUCCACGUUACAAACUAAUGCGUGCGUCAUAUCCAAAUGCGGCAACCGGUUCAUUACCGCCUACAUGUAUGAUAAGACAGACAGUGAAUCCUAACAGUUCAUCCGUAUUGACACCGCAACAACAAAUUGACAUGGUCACAGCUGCAUAUCAAAAUUACCGACGACGAUCAAGUGGCUUUUCAUCAACAACAAGUCAUGGUGGACCGAGUGAUGACGAAAGCGAUGAAUAUGUUCCACCAAGGAAAGAUUCGUCGACAUCGAAUGCAUCCAGUGGUUAUGAGUCAGGCUUACCACAUAAUCGCUUGUCACCAUCGUUACCAUCAUCGGUUCGAACGGGAUCAGGAUCGUCCAUAACAUCGGAAAUGUCCACGUCAUCAUGUUACAAUGCGAGUAGUACAAAAUUUUCAACAAAACGUUUAUCUAAGAUAAACCCCAAUGAUCACGAUAUUGACAUCGAUGAACGUCAGCAAUUAUCAUUGAAUUCGGUUGGUGGUUAUGUUGACGAUCUAAUGGAACGCAUACGGAAGAUGCCACCAAAGAAACGUUCAAAGUUCUAUCAAAUGUUAGAUGAAGAACGACUGAAAGAUGUGAAUAACAAUAAUCCAGAUGUUCAUGCAAAAUCGAAAAUUGACGAAGGCGAUGAUGAUGAAAGCCAGCAUCAUAUGGCCAUGGACGUGUCUCUGCCGCUGGUCGUUUCCGAAGUACAUAGUGAGGAUGAUGAUGAUCGAACGCUGAUUGAAUUACCACCUAAUGGCGAACGUGCUAAUCUCAACGAAGACGACGACGACGACCACGAAGAAAUCAAAAAGAAAUUCAAACAACAAGAACAAUUCAUCGGACUAAAUGAAAAGAAUUACGAAGAACUUCGAACUAUGGGCGUACCACUGGCGGUAUUGAAAGCAAUUGCUUUUCAACAGCAUCAACAAAAUCAAUCACAUAGCUCGUUGAAUAAUCAAUUAACCAACUUUCUAAGCAAAUCAACGACAAAUUCUUCUGAAGAUACAAAAAGUCUCUUGAAUGCUCGAACCAUACUUCGCCGAAUUCUGCAGCACCACCAAAAAGAACAGCAACAGCACGGAGGAAGUAAUAAAGCUUUAGUUGAAACUAUGGAUUAUACCACUGAUGAAGAAGGCGGUCCGAUCGAGGAAGAUGAAGAUGAACAUCAAUCAUCAAUUGUUACACCAUGCCAUCGAAACGGCGUCCGCUCGAAUAGUCAUAAUCCAGGUACUGUAACACUCAAUCCUAAUGAUAUAUCGUCUUUAUCGCCGCCCACAUCCACAUCAUCAUCGCCUGAUGAAACUGAUGUAAAUCAUCAUUCAAGUCCAAAUUCAAUGAGUCGACCAUCCAGCACACCUGCUGCUCUAAUUUCGUCUGGUUGUUCAUUUUAA